CUAUGUAAGAUCUUUGUGCUUCUUAUCUUUGAAUGUAUUUGAAAGCCGCGUGCUGUGCAAAAUUGUAAAUAAACACCGGGUUUUGUUAUGUUAGGUAGAUAGGAAUUCAUGUGACAGAGAUAUGGGCAAUAGCAAUAAUGUUAUGGUGUGGUGAGCAUUCUGAAGGAAGGUGAAAAAUGGAAAGAAGUUGUGCUUGUUUAUUCUACAUUUUUUUUGUAAGUUUUUACUAAAUUGCAGCGCCAGUUGCGAGUAUGGUGGGUCAUGUAUUCGUAAAAGAAUAAAAUAAGAGGCUGUGCGCAAGAAACGUCGACACCAUGAGUGACGAAAUUGAAGUGAGUCUCCUGGUAGUUAUCCUGGAUACUAAUCCAAGUCAGCGGAUUAUUAGGGAAGAUGUUCAUGUUUUGACGCAGGGUAUGGAAUCAGUAAUCGCCUUUGCAAAUUCACAUUUGAUGCUCAAAUCGACCAACAGACUGGCUGUAUUGGCGUGCCACGCGAGAAGCACGCAGUUUCUGUUCCCACCAGUUGAUGGAAGCUCUGGUCAGCAAGUCCCAACACUUCGUCAGUUAGAUGGGCAGUAUGAGCUCUUUACUUAUGUUGAGAAAACGUUACGGCAGAAUCUGCAACAGAUGGUGGUCCGUGAUGUUGAAAAAAUAAAAGCUGGAAAUGCAGAGCUCUCUGGAGAUUCCCUCAUUGCUGGUGCUAUUGCAAUGGCACUUUGCUAUAUCCAUCGAUUGGAUCAAGAGAAAGCUACAGGAACGAAGAUGAAUUCUCGUAUCCUAGUUGUAACCGGUAGUGGUGACAGUGCCUCGCAGUAUAUGAACUUCAUGAAUGUAUUCUUUACAGCUCAGAAACAGAAUGUUGUCUUAGAUGUGUGCAGUUUGGACAAGGAGCUUGGACUCCUUCAGCAGGGCUGUGACAUCACUGGUGGACUUUAUCUUAGAGUUCCUCAGCUACAAGGGUUGCUGCAAUACUUACUGUGGGUGUUCCUUCCUGAGCCUCCAAUCCGAGGAAAGCUGGUCCUCCCUCCACCUGUCAAAGUGGAUUAUCGUGCAGCAUGUUUCUGCCACCGGGAACUCAUAGAUAUUGGUUUUGUGUGUUCUGUUUGUCUCUCCAUAUUCUGCAAAUUCAGUCCCAUUUGCACAACAUGCCACACUGUAUUCAAGAGUCCUGGUCCCUUGCCAUUGAAAGGCAAGAAGAAAAAGAUAAAACUGACAUAAGGGGUACUCUCUUGUUCAGAGUUUCAGCUAAUAUAAGUGCAUUUUGUUUCUUUUAUAACAAUACAGCAGUUGACAGCUUACUGCAUUUUAAAUAUUCACGCAAAGCCAUAAAUAAUAUCAUUUUUUCCUGAAUUAAGUUCUGAUCUUUGUUAUAUCAAGUUACAAUUUCACAGAUAAAUUUUCUUGACAAAAGUGUCAGUGUAUUAAAAAACAAAAGAGUACAUUAUACAUUCAGUUGUACAUUUUUUCUGUUAAUAAAACAAGCUAUAUAAAACCAAA